AUGUCUUCUCAGGGUUCUCGUCCAGCUAGGAGGGAUACCCCUACUGUGUCGGCACAGCAGUCUGGUGUUCAAAUUGGUGGUUCUGAAGCACAGGCACAGCAGGGACGUGUCUUUGCACUUGCACCGACUAAUCCAUCUCCUGGACCAGGAAGAGUCACGGUUUGCACUCCUGAAGGAGAUUGUUUCUUUUUCAUGGGAGAUCAGAGUGAUUCCCAGCCUUCAUUAUUGUAUGGAAUUCGUGGACGGAGUCGUGGUGAUUACUUCUUGGCUACUCUUUUAGCCGAAGAGGAGGAUGUUAUGGGAGAAAGUUAUCCGGCGGUUGUUCGUGAUUCUCUGAACGUGUUUCCAGAGGAUCUGACGGAGUUGCCUCCACACCGGGAAGUGGAGUUUACCAUUGAUUUGAUGCCUGGUACCGCGCCGAUUUCUAUGGCACCAUAUCGCAUGGCACUAGUUGAAUUGGAAGAGUUGAAGAAGCAACUUGAUGAUUUAAGAAUGAAGGAGGUGAAGUUCUUGGGGCACGUUGUUUCAGAAGGCAGAGUGUCCGUUGAUCCAUCGAAGAUUGAAGCUGUUUUGACUUGGGAGCAACCCAAGAAUGUGUUUGAGAUCCGCAGUUUUCUUGGUCUAGCAGGUUACUACUAG